GAACUGGAACUAGCUAAUUCCAAGAUGGCCUCCGUGGAAGAGAUUCGAACUAGGGUUAGUCUGCAAGAACACGAUGUCAUAAACACGCAUAGCACAGACUUUCCUGGUAAUUACCCAGGCUAUGAUGACACGUGGAGUCAGGAAAAAUUCGAAGAGAAAUUUUGUAUUGAAAUAAAGCACUUGGAUGGGAGUGAACUUGAAUUUGAUAUGAUUGGAGUUGAUGCUGCUAUUGCAAAUGCUGUGAGGAGGAUUUUGUUAUCAGAGGUUCCAACAAUGGCAAUUGAGAAAGUUUUUAUAUACAACAACACGUCUAUUAUCCAAGAUGAGGUAUUGGCUCAUAGGUUAGGACUCAUUCCAAUUUAUGCAGAUCCCAGAGAAUUUGAUGUUAAGAUGGAUGGAGAUGAGGAAGCUAAAGAUAACACGACACUACAGUUUGACUUAAAAGUUAAGUGCAUCAAAAACAAGAAUGCACCAAAGAAUGCCACAGACCCUGAUGAAUUAUAUGUAAACUCCAAAGUUACUACAGAUCACCUAAAGUGGGUGCCAAUUGGAAAUCAGGCCAGGAAGUAUGGCCCACAGGAUAUCAGACCAGUUCUCAAUGAUAUACUGAUUGCAAAGCUCAGACCAGGACAGGAAUUAGAUCUUAAGAUGCACGCAGUUAAAGGAAUAGGCAAGGACCAUGCGAAGUUCUCGCCCGUUGCCACGGCAUCUUACAGACUUCUUCCAGAAAUAACGAUCGUCAAACCCUGUGAGGAUGAGUUGGCUGAUAAAUUAGCGCAAUGUUUCUCCGAAGGUGUCAUUAAAGUGGAAAAUGAACACGGAGUCAAACGAGCUGUGGUAGCCGACUCGAGAAAAGACACAUGUAGCAGAGAAGUAUUUAGACACGAUGAUCUAAAGAAUCGAGUCAAGCUCUCACGGAUUAGGAACCAUUUUAUAUUCUCCGUGGAGUCAACUGGUGCCCUUCCUCCAGAUGCACUGGUUUGUGAAUCCAUUAAAGUCCUAAUGGGAAAGUGCAGACAUUUCCUCUCCGAACUGGAUGGCCAGUCUCUAGACACUUGAGUUUCCACUUCAUCUAGUCCAUGCGUAGAGGGAAAACUUCGACAUUGUUUGGCUCACCCAGCUGAAUACUUGCGUUUUCAUGCUUCCUGGUCCGUGCGAGAACAAACACCUUAUACAACGGUAUUGUUUAGCUAGCCUGUAACGGAUGAGAAGUGAAAUGGAAUCAGACUUCCCAGAUGCCACUGUCAUCUAUGAAAGUGAAACUCCAAGCCGGAAUUGUAAUAAUUGUUGCAACAGUGUUGAAUAUGUAGAACUGAUAACACCAAGCUUACCAUCUCUUCAGAGCGCUUUUCGAUUAAGUGUGGUAAAACCGAAACCAGACAAAUCAAAAUGGCUAAUCGGAAGAAAGAGAGAGAGAGAGAGACAGAGGGGUGCAGUCAUCUAGACCAAUCACAGAGCGAGGUCAGGCUAAAACAAAGUAAGCCCGGAUCACUUUCGACACUCAACUGAAAAUUGUUCAAAUUAUCUUUCAUUGGUAGCUUAUACGUUUUUUAUGAAUGUAAACGAGAAAGUAGAGGAACAAGCAAACGUGUUCAUAAAAACACCACGAACAUCAUAAUGACUGUCAAUACACUAUCCACCUUUAUAACAAUAAAAUUAUGAAACUAUCAAG